UCCAAAGCUGGCCCCGUAAGGCCCGCGCGAAUCGUUGUAAAGCGAAGAAAGCAUUUCGCCCCACAACACACACACAAACACACACCUCGAUCAUGCACCUCGCUCAUGCCGAAAAAGUGCUCCGGCAAUCGCACCUCGCGAUCCAUUCACGGUCAUACGUGGCUCGGAUUUGUUGAUACAGGUUAGUUUUGUGUUGGUCCUUCGUGCCCGAUCCCCGUGAUGGUGUUUGGCGGAAACAUUUCAAUUAUUUCCACCGCUAACCUCCUCCCCUAAGGUGGUGUUGGCGUUAGGGUGAGCUGAUACUACCAACCACAUUUCCACAUCAAACUCCAUUCGAUCGUGCAGUAAUGAAGCCACAAACCGUUAUUAGGAGUUUGUGUGCGUAGGUGCGUGUGUGUGUGUGGGUGUGUGUGUGUCUGAGUGUGGCAGGCUCCCCCACGGAAGACGCGUUCGAGACCUGCCUUCCCCUGUCCGCGGGCUGGCUGGCGGCAUGGAAUGUGGUGAAUGGUCAGUGGAUGGUCCAGGGUAGGAUGGGUGACCGAAAUUUCCCUUCCACCUGAAGAAUUCGGUACACGUACCGUGCGGACACGAUCGAUGUCGAGCGAUGAAGAGAAGGUGGUGGAGAUGAGAGUCGGUGGAAGGGGGGCCAGUGUUGCGAAGCUACCCAACCAGUUCGCUCGCUCGCUCGCUUGCGUCGAGUGGCGGGCGCGCUGGCGAAGAAGAAAGCCGCCCAGUACGGUGCAGGUGUUCGAAUCGAGCGGUCGGUCACGUGUGCUUCUCCGCUGCUGCUGCUGCUGCUGUCCAGUGUGCGUGGCGUCCAAGAGUGCUUGUUUGCUGAGAUCGAGGUCGCCGUGUGAAGCCGUUGAGUGUGUUGAGUGACUCUAGGUGUGUGCUCCCGGAAGUGUUUGUGUUUGAGCGAAUAGCAGGAUCUAGUGUCCGCGUGUACAGACACACACACACACACACACACACAGAGGCCAAAUGGCUAUGAGUAAAGUGAUACGACUGUGCGGUCGCCAUCUUAGGCACUGGUCCAGUCAGCCGUCCCGUACAGCGACCACCGUGUCCGGUGCGUUCGUCACAUCGCCAGAGGUUCGUCGCCUGAGCACCGGUGAUCUGCUGCAGGAAAAGUUGGCCACCAAGAGCGUGCAGCGACAUGACUGGAAUCGGGCCGUCAGCGAGGCGGAGAAGAUCGUCGGCUAUCCGACCUCCUUCCUCAGCCUCCGGUGGCUGCUGAGCGACGAGAUCGCGAACGUGGCGCUGCAUCUGCGGAAGCUGGUCGGCAGCAAUCAUCCGUUGCUGAAAGCUGCCAAAACGCUGAUCUACAACGACAAAAAUCAGCAGGCAUGGGGACUGAUCGUGCUGCUCGUAUCGAAGGCGGCCGGCCACCUAGACAACAUCCCCGACAUGGAGCAGGACAAGAGUGCCGGCGUGCUACACUCCCAGCGCGCUCUGGCCGAGGUGACGGAGAUGAUCCGGACCUCGCACCUGGUCCACCAGGGCAUGCUGAACCUGCAGUCGUACGACAAUGCAGGCAACGAUCUGAGCGGCGACAGUGACAUGAUCUUCGGCAACAAGAUCGCCCUGCUCGGUGGGGACUAUCUGCUGGCGAACGCUUCUCAGCAGGUGGCCACAUUAAGAAACCAGGACCUGAACAUGCUCAUCUCGUCCGCGUUCCGCGAUCUGGCCGAGUCGAACUUUAUCGGCGAGCGGGACGAACAGAACAAUCCACUGCCGACCAAACCGGGCACCCAGCUGAAGGAGCUGGCGACCGAUUUGAACAGUCUGGAAGAUUUGGGCUUCGGCGAUCUGGAGGACAACACCGAACCGAUGAAGAUUGACGGGGUGGUGGGGCAUCCGGAGAAGGAGUGGUCGCUCCGGCACGUGCUCGGCGGGGGCAGUCUGCUGGGGAAGGCCUGCAUGGCCGCCCUGAUGCUCGGUGGCCAUCCGAAGCCGCUCCAGAAGCAGGGCUACGUGUUCGGCAAGCAUCUGGCGCUGGCCUGGCAAGCAUGCAUCGAUAUGCAGCCGUUCCUGCUGCCGACGCUGCCGUUGGGUGCACAGUUCAGUCUGGUGUCCGCUCCGGUACUGUUCCACCUGGAGCAUGACGUUGCGCUGUACGAGGAGAUCGAGAAGGGCAGCCGAUCGAUCCACAACAUCGACUACACCAAAGUGCACCAGGCGGUCCUGAACGGACCGGGGCUGGAGAGGACAAAGAUCCUGCAGCGCAAGCACAGCCUGGUGGCGUUGAAGGUGCUGGACGAGCUGCCGUCCACCGACGCCCGGACAGCGCUGCAGAACAUCAUCAUAGCCAUGCAGGAGCUGUAGAGGCGGGCGUGCAUGAGAGAAAGAGGAAGAUGUACAGUACACCGUAAGUUAAGGUUUAGGAAACAUACAGUCCAAAGUUGAUGCAACCAGCGCCUCCUUGCCACACUACCACCAUCACUCGAUAACGAUCACGAUUUCUUCAACAAGAAGGAAUCUCUCUCUUCAAAUCUACCCCAAACGCACGCUAGAUGGCGCCCCUAACGCACCCGUUUGUAGCCGCCGCCGCUUUCAAACCGCCGCAACUCGGGCCGGCGGCUGAAACCGCUCUCUUCACUGACAGCUGUCAGGCCGGGUUGAAAACAACAAUAACAGCCGUGAGCGCACCGAAAUUCGCAUGCCGUGUAAAGAAAAGGUGGGGAAGCAAGGCUACGAUUACGUUAUCGGCGUGAAUUAAUCCGGCGAUUGUGUGUGCUUUUGCCUGGAGUACGCAUUACGCGUGGUUCGUUCCAAAGUGCUAGUGUGUGAAGUGUUUUUUUUUCUUAUUUCCCGAAAGUGUGCUCGUGUUUAAUAUGCAAAAAUUCAACCCUCAAAAGCUGAAUCUCAAUUAACCCGAAAGCCAAUUGCGUGUUCUUGAUAUUUUGAUAAGCAGUGUUUGUGAAUGCAAAAGUUGUGCAAGAAGGCAUUGCGCCUGGAAAGAAUCGGUGAACGAAGAAUGAAAAGUGCAGUGUUAAGCCUGUGUGCCUCGCGGAUUCCACUUUCACGAUGAAGAAAAAGUGCAAUCCGUCUUACAAAGUGCAGCAGGGAGAGAACAGUUACAUCAUCAGAUCGUUUGUUUUUGCUCUCUUGUGUUGCCCCCGGCCGCGCUAAAAGGGGUCGAUCAGCUGGUGCUGCGCCGCAUGCAGAAAACCUGUUUCUUCCGGUCAAUUGUCCGUUCCUGGCGAAAGGAUAAAAGCUGAACAGUUCGCCUGCCAUCUCGCCAGUGUCUGACGUCGUUCGCGUGGAUCAACAUCUUCCGGUUGAACCCGUCCCGU